GUCAGGAAGUACCGUUAGACACCAGGAAGUUGUAAACAAAGCUGACAGCUAUUGAGUUAGCUGAUAAUUACAUCUGUAUGAACGCCAAGCCAGUGGUGCAAACCGUGUAAAAGGCUAGUUUCUCGACGGUAUUGUGUAUUUAUGAAUUAUACAGCUUAUAACUGUCUCUCGUAUCAAAAACGCCUCGCGGAAAUAUAUAAUCUUGCGUCUUUUCAACAGGCUAACGUUAGCUGCCCUCCGUUGUGUUUGUUAACGUUUACACAAGGACGUUAGACUGAGCGUUAACGACUGCGGAGUUAACGUGAAAUCGAACACGUUUCACUGACCUGGACAGAUAGUGAUCUGCAUCAGUAUCUGAUCCUGUGUUUUAUUUUGUUUUUUCCUGCUGCGUUUGUUUUCUGGAGGAAGAAAGGGCGAGAGUGUUCGUCCAUUUUAGCAGGACAACAAUGUCUACAUCCAACGCUAAUUUCAAAAACAAGUGUGUGACCCAAGUGAACUGUAUAUUCUGUGACAGUCUUCUCUGCACGAGAGGCAUGAAAGCAGUGCUUCUUGCAGACACUGAGGUUGAGCUUUUUUCCACUGAUAUUCCUCCCAAUAGAACUGUUGACUUUGUGGCCAGCUGCUACUCUACUGAAAGCUGCAAAUGCAAACUGAGAGACAUCGCAUGUCUCAAGUGUGGUAAUGUUGUGGGCUAUCAUGUUGUGGCCCCCUGUAAACCCUGCCUGCUUUCCUGUAACAACGGCCAUUUCUGGAUGUUCAAUAGUGAUGCUGUUUCUACUCUCAACAGACUGGAUGCAACAGGGUUGAAUCUGCUCCUGUGGGGGGAUCUUCCCGAGCUGGAUGACAGUGAGAAUGAAGAAUCAGAAAGCCCAUCAGAGGAGGAGUGUAUUAGGUAGAGAGAUGAAUGGACAAUGUGAGAGACAGAACGCCAACAUUUAAGAGGCGGAGCCAAAAGAGUGUACAAACCCUGCUUGAGAUAGGAGAGAAAUGUAUAGAAGUCUUGAAGGGUAAUUUAACACUGACUCAAUUAUGGUCCGAAAUUGCUGCUGUACCUCUCACAAAACUCGCAACGUGUUACACAACUAGCAACAACCCAAUCAGCGACAUCACUAUGUGUGAUUGUCCUUUCAUAACUGAUUGAGAACACCUGCUGUGACACCACUGAUUGGGGCAUGGCCCGACACACAGCAUGCAUCAUAUUCCAAAUCCAGCAAACAGUGCAAAAGUUUUUUUGCCCCAUGUAAUUUAGUGUUGAAUUACCCUUUAACUUGUGACCAUGCCUUUUCCCCACCAAUUGUCACUGUUUAAAGCACAGACACGCACACUUAAAAAUGCCACCCUUUCUCUCUUUUUCUUAUUAGUGUCCAUUUUCAUGAGCUGUGGUUGAAAUAGUCUGAAAAUGGCCUACAACUAGACCACUUAAUCUAGUGCUUUCUACUUGGUAUUGGUCAGCCUCAUGAGCAAUUGGGAGUGUGACAGAUGGCCCUGCCAUUGAAUGCUGUGAGUUUUCAAGCUGUUUAUGUUUCAUGUUCCGUCAAGACCACCACAAUUCACCUACCUUCUUUUUUAAUGGCAGUGAUAAUCUGUACAUGAAUAUGCUGUAUAAAAAUGACAACCUCAUUAACAGUCAUGUCUUAAAGGCUAAUACUCUCUGUGUGGCUGGGUGCUGACUGAAAGUUGGAGUGCUUUUAGAAACUCAUGUGUUGGAGAAAUAUAGCACAAUUAUUGAAUGAUAUAUAUCUGAGUAUAUUGCUUUUUAAGGGCGUAUUUGACUUAGGUUACCUUGCAAUCUGAUGUUUAUUUAGUGAUACAUUUUUGAUAUGCUAACAUGGUGUUUGUUACACCUUGCAGCAGUUGUAUUUAUUUAACACCCAGAUGAAUUUGACUGUAGCAGUAUCUGAUACUAACAUACUAACUUAAAUUUAGGGUGUGCUUCCAAAGAGAUCUGAAGCAGCAGAAUUUUCAAGUUCAGGUUUUGAGAGUUCAAAUCAAGUAAAGAAUCCCCAGAUUGAUGAUUUAGUGGAGAUAUAAUUGGAAAUAACUGAUGUUACACUUCAUUUAGAAAAAAUAUUGAAAAAAAAAAAGUUCUCAAUGGAUGAUGUCAUUGUUCUGUUUUUGUACUGUUCAGUUUUAUGUAGCAGCACAAUUGUAGCACCUAAAGAAAAGGAUCUAUUCAGCUCCAAAAAGUGAUUGGACAUUUCAAUAUUGAACUUCCACACUUGCUUCCCCCCCUAUGAAAAAGAUAGUUAUCACAAAGGGCCAGUUUAUUAAAUGACAUUCCCAUUAAAUUCUCAAUCCCCAGUAUUCUACUGGCCUUAUUUAUACUAUGGUCCCUAAACAUGAGCCCCUUGUGUUAAACUGCAGACUUGGGGUUGAUGCUGUGUGUUAGUUGAUCUUUACAGACUGACCAGCCCUCAGUCUCUUUUUGGCAGUGCCAUUCUCCUGUUCUUGUUUUAUUUUCACUGCUGUGCCCUGCUGAGAUACAAUGAUUCUGUCUUAAAGUAACAGUGUCUCUGAGAGUAAAUGAGAUCUGCGUGUGUAUUGUCGGCAAAUGUUGUUGAAGAAGCUAAUGUAGAAUGUUGACUCUUACUCGAAAGGAAAAGGAUACGGGAAGAGUGUGUGUUUUUAACUCUGUAUUUAUCAUUGCUAUAGCUUUUAGUCGUGGGGAAAUGCACACAAAGGUGGAAAAAUGUGUCCAGAUUUUUACAUUUUUCACCUUCACGGUAUAACUGACAGUCUGCUACACUUGCACACCAAAUACUGUCUAUGUGGUAAAGCGAUAUAAUACAGUGCAUCAGCGAUAGGUAUUAAUCCACAAACCAAAUAUCUAUAACCACAUACUUCCUUUUUUUGUUUACAAGCUUUGUUUACAAACGCAUCAGGUUGUAUGUGCUACUGUACUUUUAUGUUUUUUUGUUUAUGUAUUUAAUAUUUCAUUUGUGACGUAGUGCUUUGUUUGUAUGUGAAGAGAUUGGAUGUGUACAGUUUUACCUCAUGAAGGUAUCACUUGCGAGCUUCCUCUGGCUAGGACAAUUGUCAAAAGAUAAUCAAAAGAAUUAUUUAAAUGGCUGUUUCUGACGUGAAUAACUUUGAUUAACAUGCCCUGCUGAAAAAAAAAAAAGUAUAUUUUGGAAUUGCACUGAAACUGCAUUGGUAGUUUGAAAAGAUGAUUUGUUGUUUUGUAUGCUUGUUAAAUUAAUAAACUUUUUUUUUCCAGAA